CUCCAACAUCGGACAUCGCAACAAAACGCCCUCUUUUGUUGAUUUGUACUGACAUACCCAUUGAAUUAUGGAGCAACUAAGCCCGAGCAGUUCGAGCUCCCCAAACAGAAGCCAAGCUCAGAAGCGACGCCCCAGAAAACCCUUGAACUGCGAUCCCUGCAGGCACUCCAAGCUGAAAUGCGACCGGGGACUGCCAUGCGCUACAUGCCUCAAACGAGGCUGGCAGGAUUCUUGCGCAUAUGGAUCAAACUUUACUGGGCCGCAGAAGCGAAGAAGGACUAGACUUGAGGUUGUUGAACCGGUACCUCAACAGCAAAUACAGGUUCAGUCCGUCGAGGUACAAGAGACCGUGUCAUCUCCGAGUUCGACGCCUGAGCCGAUACAGCAGCGAUGGGAUCACAUUCUGCGGCGACCUUCUGUUGAGAGGAGUCUUAUACCCGACUCACCAAAUCCGACGGUUACUUUGUCUUUUGGGCCUUGUGUUCCAAUCAACGAACUGCUUGCUCUGCUACCGCCGACUUCUGUGACUGAGUACUUGGUAUGCCGCUAUUUCGGAACACUAUCAUCUCUAUUCCAUAUUCUCCAUGGCCCGACAUUCCAGACUCAGUACUUGGACUUCCUUGAAGCCCCAGAGAAGACAAGUUUGUCAUGGCUGGCCGUCCUCUUCGCCAUCAUCUCGUUGACCCUCAAAACCAUUGAGCCAACAGACGCUGGUCUUGUUGUGUUAUGGCAGGACACCACCAUCCCCGAGACUUCCUUGUCGCAAGAUCAGUUCCUGGUUCGCCAUGAUUUCAGCACCCUCGAGGCUCUUCUCAUCCUGGUUCACAUGAUAUCUCAUAACGAAGGCCCAGAGUACGGGUGGGCGCUUCUCGGCAGUGCACUCAACAUCGCCAUUGCCCUGCGUUGCCAUACGGAUAUUGAAGGCCCUAAUUGCAUCGAACAAGAGCGUCGUCGGCGCUGCUGGGCGGGCAUCUUGAUCAUUCAUACAUAUCAGGCGCUCUGCUUCCGAGACAUCGACCUCACGUUCCUGUUGAACAUGAAAGCAACAAUGCCAGCAUGGGUCAACGACAAAGAUAUCCAAGAACACAGCAUCAAGCAGUCGCCCAAGGAUUCACCAUGCGAGUUUACUGACACAUCACUCCUCAAGUUCCAGGUUCGACUAUUCCAGCUUUCGACGCAAAUCUGCUCGCAUAUCUCCAGUGACGAUAAACUCAACACGACAAUUUUGCACCAGUAUGAUACAGCUGUGGCGAAAGAACAGUUACAAUGGGACUCAGCAUAUCUUGUAAACGGUCGCCGAAGUAUUCUCAACACCGCCGGAUACGCUCAUUGGUGUAUGCUUCAAACCUACGCGCACCAACUCUACCUUCUUCUUCAUCGACCUUUUCACAGCUCCAAAGCGAGCCACUUCCGUGCUGAGUCACGGGACAAGUGUAUCAAGUCCGGUCUAGCCCUACUUGAUGUUCACCACCAAUUCUACGAACUACCGCGCUUAAAGUGUUAUCGCUGGCUCGUCAAGGGCGCAAUCAGUUGUAAUGCACUUCACGGAGCUGUUGCGCUUACUUCAUGUAUGCUUGACAUGCCCGAUGAUUCUGAUCUGACAGGGCAUAUAUCUGCUAUUGAUGCUGCUAUAAUGAGGAUGGAAGCGCUUAAGAUGAAGAGCCCAGCUUGUUCAAGCGUCUAUCGCGUUAUUCGUUGUACUCGAUCAUAUCUCUCCAAACGAGAUCCCGCACCGACUUUCAUGCCCGAAGAUGUGGAGCUGAGGUUUGAGGACUGGGCUACCAAUGUCGACUGGUUUAGACCUGAUGGGAUUGACUGGGAACUCUGGGACUCAGCUUAUAUCACUCCGCAAACUGAUGAUGCUACGACGAUGAUGACUUGA